GAUACCUAUACUAUUACAAUGCAUAUGCAAGAUUAUGUUAUCAGACAGCAAUAUUGAAAACGGGAAAUUAAAGUACGCAAUAGUCUAACGAUUUCCUGAGCUUCGCUUGGAAGUGAUAGCGGACUUUGAUUCGUGACUAGUUGCUCACAAUCAGUAUUUUUGAGAUAGAAUUGGUAUUCGUUUUCAUGUCUCCCUUUUUUUUUCUCUCUCGUUUUCUUCUUUUUUUGUUGGGAUUACUUGGGUUUUUUCUCGUUCUGAAUGGCUCUCGCAAACUUGAACCCCCAGAUCAUCAGCACAUUCGCAUUCAGAAAUGGAGAAUUCUAAAAUCGUGAAAGGUGGAGAUGGUGCCAGCAGCUACUUCAAGAACUCCAAGUUGCAGGGAAAUGCCUCAGAUCAGGCAAACAAACUGUUGGAAGAUGGUAUUGCAAAAUCACUAAAACUGCCCCCAAAAGAUGCCACUUUUCGCAUUGCAGACUUUGGAUGUUCAGUUGGUCCUAACACGUUUUCAUCGGUGGCCUCCGUAAUAGAGGCAGUAAAGCACAAGUAUCAAAACACUAGCGAUGAUGAUGGUUUCCCCGAGUUCCAUGUGUUCUUCAACGAUCAAGUCUCCAAUGAUUUCAACACGCUGUUCAGAUCACUUCCUCACGACAAACAAUACAUGGUGGCCGGAGUUCCGGGAUCAUUCCACGGUCGUCUCCUACCCAAAUCAUCAGUCAACUUGAUGGUUUCAAACACGGCUCUCAACUGGUUGAGUAAAAUCCCCGACAGUGUAACUACAAGGGGUACUCCCCAGUGGAAUAAAGGUAAAGUCACGUACGCGAGGAGUUCCCCUCAAGUGGUUGAGGCUUUUAAAGCUCAAUUUGUGCAUGACAUGAAUGAUUUCUUUGGAGCAAGGACACAAGAACUUGUCCCUGGUGGGCUAUUGGCUAUUCUUGUACCUUGUAGAUCACUAGGGACUUCCCCUUGUGAAUCAAAUGUUGUGUUGGUCGCUGAUAGUAUUGGUGAUGCACUUGUGGAUUUGGUCAACGAGGGAGUAAUAAGUGAAGAUCUGGUGGACUCCUUCAACUUCCCUACAUUCAUCCCAACAGCCACUGAGAUGGAGGAAAUUAUACUUACAAACCAUGGCAAGCAUUUCAGCAUCAAGGCAAUGCAGGAGAUACGUUUGCCAUCACAUCUAAACACCCCUCAAGGUAUUCACCAUACAUGCAGCCACAUGAGAGCUGUAAUGGACUGCCUCUUGAACCAACACAUUGGUGUUCCUCAGGUAGUUGAUGAAGCCUUUACAAGGUAUCCUCAGAAGAUCGAAAACCUUGUGAAGGAUCCCUCUACCAAUGCUCUCUUUGAGACGUGGGAAUUUCUGUUCAUGUUGCUCAAGCGUAACGAUGCAUGAUAUGGUUCCUACAUUAAUGUUGCAAGAUUGUUUUUAAGUUUCUGUCAUCACCCUACGACUAGAUCUGUGCUUUAUCCCAAUUCUAGUCGCUUUGUCGUGGAAUGAUUAUUAGGGAAACAAUCCAAUUUGAUUCUCUUUUUCACUCGUUCUCAUUCUUGUGGUCUAAUAAUUAAGGAUUGUCAC